AUGGCUCUACUACCGUUCCUGAUAGAUUACGAACUUGAACGUCCUCGCCGGCUGAUCGACCAACAUUUCGGUAUGGGAUUGACUCCAGAUGAUAUGCUAAGCAUCGUCGCCGGUCCUCUCAAUCCCCCCAUGAUAAGCCAGGAUUACUAUCGGCCAUGGCGUCACAUGGCUGCUGCGGCUAGAGAUCUCGGCUCCAGCAUCAAGAACGACAAAGAUAAAUUCCAAGUCAACCUCGACGUGCAACAUUUCAAACCUGAGGAGAUCUCAGUUAAGACUGCCGACGGCUACAUUGUAGUGGAAGGAAAGCAUGAAGAGAAGAAAGAUCAACAUGGCUACAUUUCUCGCCAAUUUACACGUCGGUAUGCCUUGCCCGAAGGUUGUACCCCGGAGACUGUGGAGUCCAGGCUGUCUUCUGAUGGUGUGCUGACUGUGACUGCCCCGCGCAAGGUGCCACAGGCUAUCCAGGGUGAACGCCAGGUUACCAUCACUCAGACCGGGCCUGUUCGCAAGGAGGUAAAGGAUCAAGCAAAUGGAGAUAAAGCUCAG